UAUUGAGUGGAGUAGAAGCGCAAGCACCGAGCGCGAAAGCAAAAUUUUCUGGAGGGUUUCCUACUUUCUUGUUUUUUCUCGUUGAGCUAAAGUUUCUGGAAACGAAGCUGAAGUUACGAAUCGACGCACCGGGAGAGGCAUGUCGCUAGUGAAAUCGACAGCGAUGAGAGCUCUCAAUGGAUCUUUCUCGUCGUCAUCGUCAUUUCUUGUCAAAUUGACGCAGCCCCAUGUUCGUCGGGGCCAAGCCCAAAGCAUUAGGGCUUUCUCCGUCAUCAUGUCGCCUCCGUCUAAGGCCGUUGUCUACGAGCGCCAUGGUCCGCCGGACUCCGUCACUAGAGUGAUUGAAUUACCACCUGUCGAAGUGAAGGAGAACGAUGUGUGCGUCAAAAUGCUUGCUGCUCCUAUUAAUCCUUCUGAUAUCAAUAGAAUUGAAGGGGUUUACCCAGUGAGGCCACAAGUGCCGGCAGUUGGAGGACAUGAGGGUGUUGGAGAGGUGCACUUGGUCGGCUCUGCUGUUAAAGGCCUAGAGCGCGGGGAUUGGGUCAUACCAUCUCCACCUUCUUUUGGGACGUGGCAGUCUUACAUCGUAAAAGAUCAGAGUGUCUGGCACAAAAUCAAUAAAGAUACUCCAAUGGAAUAUGCUGCAACAGUUAUUGUUAAUCCUUUGACUGCUUUGAAAAUGCUUGAAGAUUUCACCACAUUGAAUAAAGGAGAUUCUAUAGUCCAAAAUGGGGCUACAAGCAUUGUUGGGCAAUGUAUCAUCCAGCUUGCAAGAAUUCGUGGCAUCCAUAGCAUCAACAUUAUAAGGGACAGGGUUGGGUCAGAUGAAGUGAAGGGAAUCUUAAGGGAACUUGGCGCUGAUGAAGUAUUUACUGAGAGCCAGUUGGAAGUGAAGAAUAUCAAGGAUCUCCUGAUUAACAUACCUGAACCUGCUUUGGGAUUCAACUGUGUUGGUGGCGAUGCUGCUUCUUUAGUUCUCAAAUUUUUGAGGAAUGGAGGAACUAUGGUAACAUACGGUGGAAUGUCCAAGAAACCCAUCACUGUAUCAACUUCAUCCUUCAUUUUCAAGGAUCUUUCCUUGAGAGGAUUCUGGUUGCAGAGAUGGCUGACUCCAGAUAAAGCAAAGGAGUGCAGGAGCAUGAUAGACUCUCUUCUGUCCCUAGCACGCGAAGGGAAGUUGAGAUACGGGAUGGAGCUUGCCCCUUUUAACAAUUUUCAUGCAGCAUUGGACAAGGCCCUUGGGAAGCAAGGAAGCCAACCUAAACAAGUUAUCAGAUUUUGAUCCUUGAGCAAAGGUAGAUCAUGGUUUUCCCCCAUAAUUUUGUUUGGGAUAUGAUUUUGCUUCAAGAACAAUGUAUGAUCGGAGAUCCUUAAGCACGUUCUGAGUUCCAAACUCUAAGAUCAAGUAUGGAUAGUCAUCAUUUCGGUGGAGUUGGAUUUGAAUCCAGAUCUUGAUCUACUUCCAGAUUUAUUUUUGAGGAGUUCUCAAGGAUUUGCUUUGUUCGUGUUGCUUUUCUUGUUUGAUUGUUUAAUUCGACGAAGUCUGUUGUCAUGUCACAUGGUAUUGUUCGAUUUCCAACGAUAUUCGGUGGAAUAUAGUGUUGUUUGGGGGUGUCUGACGAUAAUCGAUUUUGUAUUUGUGCAUUUUUCUUUUCUUUCUUAGUCCUCUUAGUUGUAAUUCAUCUUUAUCGGGACUCGAGUGUCUACGGACCUCAAUGUCUCGUACCUAAUUUGUUGAGUAUAUGAAUACAAUAAGGUCUUUGACCUUAUUUCAAAAAAA